AUGGAGGUUUCCAUUAAAGACGCGCCGAAAUGCAAUUGCGAAGGGGACCACCAGGAUCUCAUAACCUUCUUGAACGAGAAAACGGACGAAGUGUACAGAUUCAGAGACAGAUAUUUCGAAACGCACGAUAUCGAAGAAGCCGUUAAAAAGGAAGAGGACACGGAGAAGCUUCGAAUCGAAACCUUAAAAUUAUUCACUGAUCACGAGCGUUUGAUCGAAGAUGCUGAUAGGGCCAAGUUCAAUUACUUAAAAGGAAAACUAUUAAACGUGUCGCCCACGUACAGCAGUGAAGCGGAAAUAUUAUUAUCCAAAUCGAUAAAAUUGGAUCCGAAAUUGGUAGACGCCUGGAACGAAUUGGGCGAAUGCUACUGGAAGAACGACGAAUUGAAAAAGUCGAUAAACUGCUUCGAAGGAGCUUUAAAAGAGAAAAGAAACAAGCAUUCCUUAAGGAGCCUGUCGAUGCUGGUGAGGCAAGAACCGGCCAAAACCAGGGAACAAAAAGUGAAAAACAUAGAAAACGGUUUAAAUUACGCCAAAGAAGCGGUUCAACUCGAUCCCCACGAUGGCUUAUCAUGGACCGUAUUGGGCAACGCUUAUUUAUCUUCUUUCUUCGGCAUCCAACAGAACCCCAAAAUCCUCAAGCAAUGCCUCAGCGCCUACUCGCAAGCCGAGAAAGACAUCAUAGCUAAAAGCACGCCGGAUCUUCAUUACAACAAAGGAAUAACUUUGAAGUACGAGGAGGAAUUCAAGCUGGCUUUGGAAUCGUUCAACGAAGCCUCCGUGUACAAUCCGACGUGGGAGCCCCCGAAAAUCAAAGAGAAACAACUGGUGCAGUAUUUAAACGACAUUAAGGAAUUCGCCUCGACCUGCGGGAAGAUGAAAUCGAAACGAUUACAGCAACUGUUGCAAUCGUUCGAACCAAAGCAACUGGGUCCAUACGGCGGGGGAGCAUACACCUCCCCUAUAGGGCAAAAGGUGAAUUUGACCCAAAAGAAACUGAAAGAAUUGAAUAGUGGCAUCAACGAUGAGACCGUGGUGUUGGGUAAAGUGGUGUGUUCCGUCCGGAACGAGGACAGAGUUCCAUUUACGUUUUGCAUGGUUGAUAAGGAUGCUACGUGUGUGGUUGUUACGAUUUUCAAUUUAGCCGAUGGAAAAGGCGUCAUAAUCGGAGAUUCUGUAGCGAUUGCGGAACCCUACGUAACCGACGUUGAUUUUAUUUACAAAGAAAUUGAAUACAAAUUCAGACUGAUUAGAGUGGAAAAUCCGGUGAUAUUAGUUGUAAACGGCAAGAAAGUCAGCAAGGAAUUACAGGCGGAAGUUCAAAUGUCGAUAUUUAAGAAGAACGAUUGA